UCAGAACCAUUUCAAGUCUAUUUUUGUCAACCAUUCACAGAGAAGGACCCAUAUAAGAACCUCUUUGACACUGAGCUAGAAUUGCCAAAGUUACAGCAGUGGUUUGCUGAGAACCAACAUCCCUCAAGACACCAAAUCUACCAAUAUGUUAAGGAUCGAAACUCACUGGAUUCCCGAAGAGGACGUAAACCUCUAGAUAUCAAGAACGUCAUGUACUGGUUUAAAAAUGCACGUGCUGCCUACAAGAAAGUAAAACAAAGCUAUUUUGUGGCCCCAAAUAGAUCUCAUAGUUCCAGUGAACAUUACUGUGAAGCCAGCAGCCAUAACAAUACUAGUGACAGUUAUUUCAAAAACAGCACAGGGGAAAGAAGAAAAAGAAACUGCACUUUCAUUGACUCAGCGACAGAGGAACCAAGGAUGGAACAAUGGUUCACCCUAAACACUCACCCAUCUCAUAGAAUAGUAGUGUGUCUUACUCAUGAACUGAAUGUCAUGCCUUACUGCCAAAAGUUUCCAAAACUCAAACCCAAAAACAUUCAUUUUUGGUUCAAGAACCGUCGUGCUAAGUGCAAAUGGUUGAACUUGGCAGCAGUCAAAGACUGGGGGCCAGUCAUGGACAGAUUAUCCUCACAUAUGCUGUGAUGACAUUUGUUUGUCUUAAUGAUAUAUUUUUUAUAAUGACAGAAAAAGGAAAAUAAGCAGCUCAAGUAAAAGUAUAGCAGAAUGGUUAUGAAAUGUAGGAAACAUACCAGACCUAGAAAUAAAAAUAAAUCACUUUAUAUUUACAUGAUAAAAGUUGAGCAGUUAAGAGUGAAACAUGUGAUAAAAAAAGAUCAGCAAUGAGAAGUUCAGGUUAAGCAUUAGAUUUAUAUAAUAACAGUAGACCAAGGUUGGGGAACUCUGGUGAAUUGUCAGAUUUACACAAUAACAGUAGACCAGAGUUGAAGAUUUCAGAUGAAUUAUCAGAUUUAUAUAAUAACAGUAGACCAAGGUUGGGGAACUUUGGUGAAUUGUCAGAUUUAUAUAAUAACAGUAGACCAGGACUGAGAAGAUCAAGUGAAUUGUUAGAUUUACAUAAUAACAGUAGACCAGAGCUG